AUGACAGACUUGACCCCACUAUUUACACAAUGUGUGAACAUUGUUCAAACUGAACUUAAACCCAAGAAACAACUACAUCCCCAAGAGAAACCUUUGUAUCUAAUUAAGGACAGCUUUAAUAAAGAAUGCGUUGAAUUUUACCACGUUUUAAGCAGCUUGUGUCAGUUCAUUACGGAAAUAAGAGCCGAGUAUCUCGCUGUAUCAGAUAAUGCUUCCAACUCCGCCUCCAAGGACAAAAUUGACGAAGAGUUCAAUACCAGAGUACAGCAAUGUUUUAAAAAACUCGGAGCCUUGGAGUCGUACGAGACAAAGCGACAGCAAAUGGUCAAGGCAACGUUGCUGAAGCGGUGGUUUUUCCAAGAUAACGGCGAACAAGAUUUAUAUUUCGAGACUGAGGCAAGCCACAGACACCAGGUCUUGCGGUUCUUGAUGGAGUCGCUCGUUAAUUUAUCCAAAACGUAUGAAAAGAUGCAACGUAAACGAAUCCAACGUGAAAAACAACUAAAUUCAUUAAAUUUUCAAAACAUCAAUGACGAGUUGGAGAAGGAUUUAGAUAAUUCGAAAAUGUUCACUAGUCUAGACCAAAUACAACAGGAUAUCGAAAAGAAGGAGGAAAUACCGCAAUUCGAAUUGAGUCAGGAACAGAUUCAAGAAUUGGAAUCUGAGAAUAAAGAAUUGCUCAAUUUGAAAACAACUCAAUUAAAACAAGUGGAUAAUAUUCAACAAUCUAUACUUGAUAUAGUAAAUAUCCAAAAUGAAUUGAGUUUCAAACUACAAGAACAAGGCGAUCAGAUAAAUAAUCUAAUGGACACACACUCGGAAGUGGAGUUUGAGGUCAAGGAAGGUAAUCGAACCUUGAACAAGGCAACAAGAAAGAACAAAAGAGGAGCAAAUUAUCUAGUUUCUAUUUGCAUUCUAUUAGGCUGUCUUUUGGUGAUUAUAGACUUUUUAAAGUUUAUAUAG